CGUUUGGCAACACUCAAAACUGCUGCGCGUCCAUGUCAAGUGAGUCUCAUCUGUGUAAUACGGGAUCAAUAUAAGUUAAAAAUGCGGAAUCCUCACACAGGAUAGUGUUAUUUGUGUUCGUGCAUCGCGUCAUUCCACACCAAAUAGUCGUCGCGUGCAUUCGGGUCCGCGAACACGGUUACGACUUGUCGAAUUCCGGAGCUCUCUGAAUACAUAGCAGCUAAGAGAAAAUGACCGAGCCAUCCUUUAUCUUUGAAGUGAAGUGUUGUAUGUAAAGUAAAAACUGUGCGGCGCAUUAUGUAGUGAGACAUUUGUGACUGCUGUUAAAAGCGUGUGAUCGGAGUUGUUUGGGGGAUCGCGUGUUUAUUAUGUCGACGAGAUGAUGUGGUCGUUUGCGGUGGCGGCGGUGGCGGUGGUGACGGCGCUGUGCGUGCGCGGCGAGCAGGUGCUGCUGCUCGACACGACCUCCGAGGCGACGCUCGGCUGGACGCGCUUCCCGUACGGAGCGCAGGCCAGCACUCCUGGCUGGCUCGAAGAGUCCUACACGAAUUUCGAGAAACAGAUCAACUGGCGAUCUUACGUAGUGUGCGACGUCGCGCAUCAUAACGUCAACAAUUGGCUCUGGACGCCGUUCAUCGAGCGAAGGAAUGCGAAUCGUAUUUACAUUGAGAUCAAAUUCACAAUCAGAGAUUGUUCACUGUUCCCUGGAAAUGCACUGAGCUGCAAGGAGACAUUCAGUUUGCUGUACUAUGAGUUCGACGUUGCUACGCGCGAGCAGCCGCCCUGGGAGCCCGAGAGUUACAAGCUUGUGGGCCGUAUUGCUGCAGGUGAGGGUCGAUUUAAUACUAACUCUGAAGUAGACAUUAACACAGAAGUCAAGAGCAUAGCAGUUACCAAGCGCGGUGUUUACUUCGCCUUCAGAGACCAAGGAGCUUGCAUAUCUAUUUUGGCUGUGAAAGUUUACUACAUAACAUGCCCAGAAGUCACAGUCAACUUUGCUAGGUUCCCAGCGACACCAACAGGCAGAGAGGUAACUGUUAUAGAGCAAGCCAAUGGCACCUGUGUUGAGAAUGCAGAGAUAGCAGCAGGUGAGGCUCCUCCAGUUUAUCUGUGCAAGGGUGAUGGCAAAUGGACACUGCCCAGCGGGUCCUGCAAGUGCCGUGCAGGCUUUGAGUCAGAUCUUAACAACCAAGUAUGUAAUGAAUGCCCGCCAGGUAAAUUCAAAUCCCACACUGGUGAUGAUCCAUGCAUAAACUGUCCUGAUUAUUCAGAGUCAACUGCAUUUGCUGCUGCGGAAUGUAAAUGUGUGCCUGGUUUCUUCAGAGCCAAGAAAGACCCAAAGAAUGUACCCUGUACACAACCUCCAUCAGCACCAGUCAACCUCACUGUUACAUUUGCUGACCAGUUUUCUAUAUCCCUUGCUUGGCAGCCCCCUCAUAAGACUGGGGGUCGCAAUGAUAUUACAUACAGGGUGUUCUGUUCGAACUGUGGUCCCAGUGUUGAGUAUAGACCGGCAGCAACAGGUUUAAAUAACACUAGAGUUACCGUUAUGGGCUUGGACCCAGUAACUGAAUACAAGUUUCAAGUGUAUGCAGAGAAUGGUAUCACUGAACAAACUGGUGAGGAGCCUAAGAAAGUAGAGAUAACUGCUGUCACUGAAGCGUCUGUAGUGAGUGUGGUGUCGAAACUACGCGUUCUCAGUGUCGAGAGUGACAAACUAUCACUGGCAUGGAACCCGCCACCCAUAGACUUGACAGACCCUGAUGAUACCAUAGAAAGCUAUGAGGUGAAAUGCUUCCCCAAAGAUAACUUGGAGAAAAAUGCUAACGCCACACUAAAGAUUUCAAAGGAGCCACAUGUUACCAUAACAGGUUUGAGAAGAGAUACCGAAUAUGGUUUAAGAGUUAGAGCUAAGAUGAAGCGAGGUUGGGGAGAGUUUAGUGGUAUAGUAUAUGCUCGCACGGGUUCCGUGCUUGAGACUUCUUUCGUGGGUGAAGAAGAGGGUGCGCAGGUACGACUCGUCGCUGGAGUAAUGGUCGCAGUUGUCGUUUUGUCUGUUGUCGCAAUUAUCGCAACAGUACUCUUCUUGCGUUCUCGAACCGACGAUGAAUGUGACAAGAAGCAGCCAAGCGACUGCAACGCGCUCAACUACCGAAAUGGAGAAGUAUACACGGGUCCCGAACGCCCCGCCAAGACAAGCAGCAACGCGACCACGCCACUGUUCGCUGGCACCGGCUCCAGGACUUAUAUUGACCCUCACACUUAUGAGGACCCCAAUCAGGCCGUACGAGAGUUUGCGCGUGAAAUUGACGCGUCUUGCAUCACAAUAGAAGCGAUCAUAGGCGGCGGUGAAUUUGGAGAUGUUUGCCGAGGAAAACUCAAAUUACCGGCGAGUUGUGGUCAGGAGAUCGAUGUGGCCAUCAAAACCCUCAAACCUGGCUCAACCGAGCGAGCUAGACGCGAUUUCCUAGCCGAAGCUUCAAUAAUGGGCCAAUUCGAACAUCCAAACGUCAUCUUCUUGCAAGGCGUCGUCACUAAAUGCAACCCCAUCAUGAUUAUCACUGAGUUCAUGGAGAACGGGUCGCUGGACACAUUCUUAAGAGCCAACGAUGGCAAAUUCCGUGUUGUACAACUAGUGGGGAUGCUCCGUGGCAUCGCAACCGGAAUGCAGUACUUGUCUGAAAUGAAUUACAUUCACCGCGACCUUGCCGCACGCAACGUACUUGUUAAUUCACAACUUGUGUGCAAGAUUGCCGAUUUCGGAUUGUCGCGAGAGAUAGAAUCAACGGCAGAUGGUGCGUAUACGACGCGCGGUGGCAAAAUACCCGUGCGGUGGACCGCACCUGAGGCUAUUGCCUUCAGGAAGUUCACGUCAGCCAGCGAUGUCUGGUCCAUGGGCAUUGUAUGCUGGGAGGUCAUGAGUUUUGGAGAGCGACCGUACUGGAACUGGAGUAACCAAGACGUUAUCAAGUCUAUCGAGAAAGGAUACCGGCUACCGGCCCCGAUGGACUGCCCUGAGGCAGUCUACCAGUUGAUGCUCGACUGUUGGCAAAAAGAGCGCACGCACCGUCCCACAUUCGCAAGCAUUGUGAAAACGCUAGACAAACUCAUCCGCUGUCCCGACACACUGAGGAAGAUAGCACAGAACCGCUCGGCCGACCCCUUGGCCGGCGACACUCCCGACCUGAUCCAGUUCUCCUCAGUCGAGGAGUGGCUGGAGUGCAUCAAGAUGUCGCGCUACAUCGAGAAGUUCCGCGCGGCCGGCAUCAUCGAUAUGGACGCCGUGGUGGACCUGACGGUGCACCAGCUGGCCUCGCUCGGCGUCACGCUCGUCGGCCACCAGAAGAAGAUCAUGAACAGCGUGCAGAGCAUGCGCGCCCAGAUCCGCGGCAGUGGCCCCUACGGCUUUCUUGUGUAAAGUGACCUCCGCCAGUGGACUUGAUCUCGUGCAGACAUGCGACAGUGAUCUUAACAAAAAUAAUGCAUUUUGUAUAUUUUUCUAAAAAAACUGCCAUAGAGUUUAGACAUAGGGGUAAAAGAGAACUUCUUUUUUCAUAGUGACAUUAAGGAAGUUGGUCUAUAACAUUGUGCUGUUUAUAUUUUUCUUAUUUUGAGUAUGUUUUAUUGUACUGUUGUAUUUGUUUAGUGGUGAAGCUUGAGUGACAGCUACAGACUUGCCGGCCUAAUUUCGAGACAGUUCAGACCCUCUUGUGAAAGCUUUAUGAUUACCGAACGAGUAACAAAUUACUGUACAACGAAUAACAGAGAGUUUUCAUUUUAUUUUGAUAGUCAAAAUUUAUCCCACUCACCUGGGUUCAUUAUAAUAGAGAUGAGAAAUUUAUUUAAAUGGUAUAUUAUAAAUUAUUAUGGUGAUAAUGUUAUUUUUAGUUAAUUUCUAGCCAGUGUAACAUACAUGAGAACAUUGAUUAUGUAGACUGACAUAUGUUUAUAUUAUUUUUAUUAAUAUUUUUGUACUUAUAAACUUUGAUACAUUCUCUUUACGCUUUUGAAGCUUAUUCCAUAAGUUUCAUUUAUACAAAUACAUUAUAAUAGCAAUGAGUACACAAUUAUGAAUGGUAAAGAGUAUGAUGGUUUUUGUAAAGAUGGUAUAUUUAAAUUGUAGUUAGCCAAUUUUUCUGUAAUCAUUGUGAAGUAUAUUUAUAUGUAUGUUCUUGAGAUUUUAAUUCAAAAUUGUAUGUAAAUGUGCUUAAGGUUGUCUCAAAUACGAUAGGGUUGCCAUUGGUGUUGUCUCAUCCCUGCAGGUAAUAAAGUUAUCACUGAUUGACAUGACUAUCCAAAAGAAACUUCAUCUCUCUUUGUCAGCACCCUCACUUGAGUGAAUGGUAUUUUUCAUCAAUGUUGAUCCUAUCGUGGAAAACUCCUAGCUUGUCACUGUAUAUGCUUAACCUCAGAUAUUGUGAUGGAACUGAAGUACUUAAAUAAUUUAUAGAUUGCCACAAACUUGCGUUUAAGUUGAUAAUAUUUACUCCCAUUCUUACAUCGCGUGUAUAUAAGGCUGAAUAAUUAAUUUAGUGUUAAAUUGCUUUAAUGUGUAACUCGAAAUUGUUAUAUAUAUUUUAUGAUUUUUAUAUUAUUUUUGUGAUUUUCAGUUUGGUGAGGGUAGUGCAUCGAUUUCUUGUAACAACAUUUUAACACUUUUGAAAGACUGAUUAUACAAAUCAUUGCUAUCAAAACUAAGGCAGCUUUAUAUCAUUACCAUUUGUAAUAUAACAUACUUUACAUUCACUAACGUAUUUGUGUAACUAAGUCCCACUCUUUGAAAUGCUGAUCAAUUUCUUAUCAACUUAUCAUGACUUGUUUGACUAAAAAACUAAAAUUCAACUUGUGAUUGCUUGAUCAGCCUUCAGAUUCAGUCAUUGUAGAUGAAGUCAUGAAGUUUGAUGCCAUCUGGUGUCAAGUGUUGUGUGAGAGGUCGGUGUCGUGCUCCCGAACCGAUUCUGCCUGUAAAUGUAAACAAUGCUAGUAUUAAUUUUUCGUUUAUUAAACGAUCAACGAUCUGUACGUAAUUGUACGUUUUCAAAAUGCCAAUAUAGUCUUAAGUGCUUCGCUUAUCAGCUUGUGAUGUCCUAAAGCGAAUGUAUACUUACGUGUUAGCUACGCGACGGACGCUCAUGCGAUGUACGCGGUAUACGCGGUGUUCGCGCCCUCCACUCUCUACCACGAACAAUACAGUGAUUUCGUAUUUAAGUUUUAUAUGAUUGUUUAUUCGUAAUUUAAGAUGUUAAGUUCAUAUUUUUAUACAAACGUAAUGUUAUUAUGGUGAUAGCAGUUUAUUUGUGGUCAAUUCUCAUUCAUAUGGUCAUCAAAAUUUGCUCAAUAAUUCAUUUCAUCCACAUUUGGAGGUAUAUAGACAAAGUUUCUUAGGUAUUUUGUAUGCUCUCCAUGUAAUAAUAACAUUAUAAUAUCGCGCUUUCUAAGUAGAGAGCAUUAUUCUUGCCGAUUUAAAAGUGAGAUGCCAAUACACAGUGUGUUACGCUGUGUCGCUCCCGCAACAAGUCCUCAUACAGGCAGUAGUGUGUACCAGUUUUGCAUUAGACACCUUUCAAUAACUUGUGAUUUUUGCGCAUUGGCUGAAUGCAUUUUUAUUUUUAUGCCUGUGUUUUUGCUACAGCGAUUUGCGAGCAGGUUUUUAUGUUGUAAAAAAGUUAAUUACGAUUUAUAAGUUUAUGAUACGACGUGUUUUAGCGAAGCUCGCUCAUGUUUUAAGUAUCGCUUCUGUGCAUUGAUUUAUAUUGAUUAUUCUCAAAGCAAGCAAAAGUCUAGUAAAGAGAUACUGUUCUUAUAAACCCAGUGUAAAAUUUUGAAUAUUAACUGUUUUUCUUAAUCGUUAAUUAAUUUAAAAUAUGACACAUCUAUUGAAACACAUCUUGCUAUAAAUAACAUUAAAUUAUCAAUUAAUUUCGUCGACAAGUAAUCGUCGUUAAAUUCCAUCUCGUUUCGCGAUUCUUUGUUGUUACAAUAAUGAGUUCAGAACGCACCGGGCUCGGGAGCCGGCCGCAUUACGUAUGCAAAUGAUUUCGGACUUAACUUUAAUAACAUAUUUUUUUAAAACAAAAAUGCUUGGAUGAUGUCAGGUAGGACCUGUUCUUGCGUCGCGUGUGUGUGUUUCUUACUCGGACCAUUCGUCUUGUAUUCUCACUUUGCUCUCUAUCUAUUUAUACUAGUUUCGUUAUCUUGCUUUCUUUGUUUUGAUGACGUAAUCCCUUUAACCUGAAUACCAAUGGUUGUGAAUAUUUAAAUGAUAUGCCGUUACGCGUCCGGUGACGUCACUCGCCGUGAUCUCGCCGAGACGCGGAUGAUCGAUGCGUGACGUAGCGUGCGAAUUCCGAAAUGUCUAGGUAAUGACUCGAAUACACCUUUGUAACAUUAAUAUACAACCUUUUUUGGCAAAGAUCUUGGCCAUUUUCGAAUAUGACUUUUUUGUAUAUCCGUAAAUAACUUUCUCCAAGGAAUAUACUCCAUUAAAACAAACAGCUAAUCACUAUUUUAGAAGCAUUGAGUUUUUGAAGUAACGACUGUUAUUUUUUCUUGCAAAAGUUUAUUUUAAAUCUGAUCGGGCUCUUUUAAAAUACGUUCUUUAUUUGGAAGUUGACGACCGACGCAGCGCUUACCUGUACAUUUUAUUGCCUCGUUUGUUUUGACUUAAAACAACAAAACAUCGACGUCACGGCAGAAAAACUUGAAUAUCUAUUGUUUUGAUACAACUACAACCCGAUAGAAGUAUUCAUGGACUAAAAACGACGUAACUAAAACAAAUAUCCAAUAUCAAAAUACUAGACUUGAUGAGAUCUCAAUAAAAUUGUAAGUGAGUUGAAGCAAAAUAGUUUUAAAUGCAAAUAUUGACACUGAUAAUUGGGUAUCACUUGAAAUUGGCACCGGGUUAAUCUUUACAAUCGUUAGUCGUGUCACGCUUUCGCUGCCUUUUAACGUCGAAUCGGUUUUCGCGAAUUGUUUUUUAUCACACAACUGUAUAAGUUGUUGACAGUCAUUUAAAAGGCGGAGUAUUCUUUUAAUCUUUUCAACGGGAAAUCGCACUUUAGCUGACAGAUAAUUAGGGCGAUGGGCAAAAUAAUAUUCGCUCAUUUUGAAGACGUAAAGUUUGUGUAAUUGAGGCACUAAUGCACUGUGUUCCAAUCGUACUGCCUAUACACAUAACUGUAAUAUAAUAAUUACAAAAGAAACAUAAACCUAUUACCGCAAACGAAUUCGUUCCACUCGCCAACGUUUUACAGUUCGAUGACGUAUGCCGCGAUACUGCGAUAAUCAAUUGUUUUGCAUUUGAAAUUAUAUUGAUUAAAUGAUUACGCGCAUUUAAUACACUCUAAUCAUUCCAUUGACGGCUGCAAGUUUUGUUACACUAAUGAUUUUUGUUAUAUGGUUUCGUAAAUCGAAUUGACGUACGCGAUAAGAAUUUCAUGGUAAUAUAUUAUGAACUAAAACCUCUUUGUACUUCCAUAACGUUAGUUUCUCCCCUUUGUACGCCCGUAAGUCUUGAUGGGAAUCGCAAAUUAAAUCACUUAGUCUCGGAAAACAAGCUCCCCUUACAAACAUUUUUAAUAAAUAGCCUUCUUAAAUUCCCCGACGAACAGCACUCGUCGACUGCAAGGUGAAAUACAUCAGGUAUCUCGAAAUCUAACACUUGGAACUCACGUCUAAAGGUUUUUAUUUAAUUAGAGCUACUCGGGAUCGCUUUACUAUAAAAAUCUUGAAACGAAAACACCGUCUGUCUGGCGCUUCAUCGCUCAUUACAUCCUUUCAAGAUGUAUUGCGUAUUCUUUUAGAGCACAAAGGGAGGUUAUUUGAAUGGUCCCGAUUGAACCCGCGACCUCGGCAACUACGCUCGAUGCAUUUAAAAAAGCGAAGCGAAAAUAAUAUCCAGCGAAAAUUGUUUAAUUUCUGACAGGCUAAUUUGCUUAACGAUAUUGCAUUUUUCAUAUCGAUACGUUUUAAUUAUCGUCGAGUACGUCCCAAAUUAAAAAUCGAUAAAACAUCGAGUAGGUAUAUUAAAAUUUGUUUCCCAAUUAAUAGUGGACGAUGAGUUAUUGGAAAAUAUUUAAUCAAAUAACUUGCAAUAUUGAAAUCGUUUCGAGUGUAUCCCAUAUUGCAGUGAGCUCUUGUUCCAUUAAGUUUAUCCUAUAUGAUUGCUUGUUCAAUUUCAUUUGUCCCUGUAACAACAGUUGUCCCGCAAGCCUCUUUGCCGACAAUAUUGCAGGCCUGUCCAAUUUACGUCACGUACAAGGACCUUUUAAACUCUGUUCCUAUUUUCAUUUGUUUUAGCUUCGAUACCGUGACAAAAGAGGAUUUCUCGUUUUCUAUUAAGUCGGCUGUCACACAAGUCGCGGCCAGCAUCCGUGGGUUUACUUGUAUUUCGUUUUAGACUUCUGUUUGUCUCGCUAGUCUGGUGUUAGGUUUGAUCGCCAUUUAUAGACGAUUUCUCAUGUGGCUUAGGUUGUGAGCGAAGUGGGACAGUUUACAAACAGCUCAUGUUCGGAGCAGCUAUCGUUUUGUUUUAGAUAUUUUUAAGUAAGGCAGCUCUUUAAGUGAUAAUGCAUGUUUUAUCAAACCAGUUUAGGCUACGAGUGUUGUGCACUGUGCAGCUAAAUCCUAGUGUUAAUUAAAUUUUUGUAUUCACCCCGGACGGGUGUCGAUUCAAUUCUCUAAACUUUUUCAGUUUCACCCGCGUCGGUACUUUUUAAACGGUUCUCCCGUUUUGUGAUAUACACUUGACAGCUUCGUAAUAGACUACGAGAGAACGAAACAAAUAGUUCGGCAAACGAAACACGGCCACAAACUCGUUUUUUAAAAUCCUCUUUUUUGAGUUUUCAUAUGAAUAUAAUAUCGUUUGAAUGGAUGCGAGGUCUCCGGCGACAAUGGACCGUAGAUGCGUUGAUUGCCAAUCUAGAUCCGCGGUAUUAUGCUCUCACGUGCAGGCGCCCGAGCGCGCGCUGUUAACAACGCUGCCAAUCAAACGAUGCCGCACCCUGUGUAACAUAAUUGCUGUCAACGUGUGCUUAUGAUAGCCGGGUUUUCUAUCGCGGUAUCUUGGCUGAAUCGCUUGCCAUUUCCCGCUCGUAUUUUUUAACAUCUAUUCUGGUCUUGGAUCUGUAUAACUUUUUUGAACCCUGACUGGGUUUUUGGAUUUUGGACACUUCAUUCCAAUAUUUUACAAUGUCGUCCUAUUUUGAAAUAUAAUCGGGUACGUUUAAGCCACAAUAUACUUAGAUUAGACUUAGAACACCUGUACAAUAUAAAACCCUGCUCUUAAAUGUUGUAUUAUUAUGAAUUAUUUUGUUUAAACAAUAAGCAUUCAGCCUAUAUGCAAUUCCUGUUGUCAUUUAUGUACAACCAAUUGAUUAUGAGAUGCGACGCCAUUGUUCAAGCUGUGUUGCCCGAUUUCAAAAUGCUUUAAUAACAUAAUGUGCAUCUUUCAAAUCGAAAUAACAGUUUCGGUAAUUUUGUAUUAAGCCGUUAUCUCUAUGUCACUUGUAUGUACCUAAACGACAUUAAUGCCAAUAUCAAUUUUGUUUUUAGUACAUAUAUACACUAAAUGAAACUAAUAUUGUAAAUUGUCGCAAACGUUCAAUAGUAUUUUACAAACAAUUGUCAUUUGCGAUGUCGAUCUAAAAAGUUUUCAAUUUUCCAAACCUUUUUGAAGACCCCAAUUAUACAGUUUCUUUUAUUGCAUAAAUGUAUUAUUCAGUGUUGUACUUAUGUAGAGACGUUUAUAAUAUAUAUCGACAUUAUUGAUAAACAAGUCGGAUUAUUGAUUUCCAUUGUAUGUAGUAUGUCUUCCAGAUGUUUAUUUUGACGAUGUUCGACAGAUUUUGACAAUUUAUACACGUGUUUAUUUAAAGCUAUCGACAUACUUUUAAAUACAGUAAUAGAUGUCUUAUUUCGUCUAGUAUAUAGUCUAGUUCUCUCUGAAUGUAAUGUUUGUCAAUCGUAAAUUACGUGAGAAAAUAAUUUUGAUGUAAUUUGCGAUGGAUCAAAAUAAAUUAGUCCACUCAAUGUACUUACUCCCGAAUAUUGAAACGUGAUUUAGCAUUAGGAUAUGUUUUAAUGUCUAUCUUUCUCAUUUACCCACUUUGAAAAGACAAGGACAGGACGAGACUCACUCUCGUUUCAAUAUACGGCCAUUACAAUAUAAAAACAGAUGUUCAUUCCGGUGAUAGUCUUAGAUAAGACAUGAAACAAAACUAUAAGCAAUAUUAUAAUAACCUCGCGACCUUUUACUAAAAAUAAUUGGUCUUCACCCGCCAUUUAGACGUAAUGUUAACCCCAGCAGUGGAGAUAACGUGGCCAUCCCACUCCCGGUGUUCGUGCUCUAAUCUCUUGCCGAACGUUAAUAGCCACCGAGGCGAUCGAACUUAUUUGUAUCAAACAUUUCGUGUGGAGUCUGCAAAAUGAGACAAAAUAUUAAGUUUCAUAAAUUUUUCUCCCCUUCAAAACAGCCGCGUAAACGAACACGCAAGUUUGAAUAAAACCAAAAACAUGUUUGAACGACUCGUAAUAUUUGAUUUAGUAUUGUCUAUACGAUAUGGUACCGAUAGUGACGUAGUGCCACUAGGUUACAUAAGUCCGGUGUCUCGGUUUCCACCACGUUGUAUUCCCGCGUUUCUGUGAUGUUUCGUAUUUAUCGUAGACGUACUUAGGGACGCCUUUAUGCCACGGAUCACACAAAUUCAUAAUAAAUACAUACUAAUAUUAUACCAUUAUAUAGAAAUUUUAUAUCUAAAUAUAUUUACAUUCAUGAAUUUUUGGAAUUAUUUAAUCAUAUACAUAACAUAUAUUCCGAUAUUUUUCAUGGCAAUUUUUGAUAUACACAGUGAUGCUGGCGUUAUUCUUUGCCUACCGUAGUAAUAAUUAGCAAUAAUUAAUAUAAAAUAGCGAGAAUUUCAAAAAUUCAUGAAUACUUACAAUUUAGUGCGUCGGGAUCGUCCCCGCCGCCGGCACACAUAGGACACCUAGUUUUUAUACUUGCAAGUGAGGUAUUUACGUGGGAAGUAGCUGUCUGUAGGCCUGUCCGGCGGCGGCGACGACCUCGCCGCGUCUUCAUAACACCAAACCCAUUUUCAAUAGUUAUAAUCUAUUAAAUAAACAUUUAUUUACUAUACUUAAAGAAUUAGCUAGUUUAAAUGAGAAUAUUAUAAGUAGACGCCGUUGUUGCGGUGCCUGAUACAUCACGAAACGCAAACACCGAAAGAGGGGCUUUUUAUUUGAAAUAAUUUCCAUUUUUGUUUAUUCUUGUAACUUAAAAAAUCUUGUAAAUAUAUGCACCAUGAAAAUUUAAGGUCGAGUAAAUCGUUUUUUUCUUAAAGCAAAUUUUAAUUAACUAUUAAAAUAAUUUAACAAAAUUGUAUGCAAUAGUUUAACGGCCUCAAUUGCGUAGCAUCAGACACCGACACAGCGAUCUCUAAAAUAAGUGUUUUGAUACUUUGGACAACCAAUCGAAAACAAAUUAAGUCCAAUAUUUGAGAGUUGAGUAGUCUAACAAACAUUUUUUAAUCACAACGAAUAAUACAAAUGAUGGAUAAAACUGCGAUCCAACGACACUCGGUACAAUUUUCUCCACCACAUGUAUUAUACAAAAUGAACCUAAUUGUUUACGUAAUAAGAUGUAUAUUGUACCCUAUAAACUGUAUUCGUUAAAGCAAUAAGUAUGCCUCGAUUAGACAGUGAUGUCGGACAGGUUGAAGCCGCCAUCUUGGAUCGUGUUCUGUCACAAAAUGUGUUCUCUUAUUGGUUUGCGCUUUGAUUUGUAUUCAAUCAUUGUGAUUACUCGGAAGCCUCAUUAAACUGCCGUCGCGUAUGUUUAUAUAAAAAUUUCAAAGUACUCGAAGAGAAUUUACGUUUAUUCGAUCACCAAGAUACGGUUACGGCUGUCGUAUUCCGGAUUAAAUCUCGCGCGCGAACUGUCGCGAACCCGGUUUAAAAGCGCGUUUCAGGUAAAAUUGCAUUGUCCGUUCUUGGCGUGUCUUAUUUUAAAUUAUUAGAUUUUGCAUCCUCACAAAUGCAAUAGUGGCUCGGUCUGUCGCGUCAGAAUUCACUUCGGUGCCGCGGAGGCUGACAGAUUUUAAAUUGAACGUGAAUUACCGAUAGUGGGUUUGUGUGUUACCACUACCUGCCGGAGCUUCCAUUUUAAAUCGGUUCGCCGGAAAUUUUAGAUCUCGAAAAGAUUUUACAUUGCCUUUCCUGAAACUGAAGUGACAAAUAACAGAAGAGACUAAUCGAAGUGUUAUCGAUUUGGCUAUCUUUGGGCCUAGACAGAUCUAAUGAAAAGCGCCGAUACCGAAAAUAAAACGGCAAUUGAAAUCGUGGCUAAUUAAUUCUGCAUAUCAUGACAUAGAGAUCUGACAUCAUCGGCUAUCGACGAACCAAUAAUUGCUCUCUAUAAUGAAACCGAUUACACCUGUCGACAUUGACAAAUAAGUCUCUCAUGUCUACCGAAUGGAUUAAUAGGAAGGUUAAUGAGGUUUUCGAACAAAUACCCGACAAGUAAAUUGCAUUAUCAGAACAUUUGAGUUGCGCAAUCGAACAGAAUAUUGAACCGGCGGUCGCUCGCUCGCGGUCUAACUACUGCAGUUAACAUCGUAAUCAACGCGCAAAUCAUAAGAAUGGUUCUCAGAUAUGUGAUACGCUGUUAAGCCAUAACCUUAUACAAUUAAUUAGUUUUAAUGCUUACGCAGAUCAAAUUAGGAAUAAUUUUUAUCUGAAGCAAUUGGAAUAGGAACCGUAGUAACACCAAUCAUAGCCUAUAUAAUGUUAACAUAGAGUGAUGUUAGUUUUUAUUUAUAAGUAUUCUUUUUGAUAUAGAUAGUGCGGGCGCGCGGGUCGCGGGGUGCCGUGGUUCGCUCCCGGCUCGAGAAUAUUUUGACGGCCGCGCGCCCGCAACCUUUACAGAGAUAGUAUAAAUUAGCGCGGUUUUAAAUCUUUACUAAGAAUCAGUAUAGGUAAAAGAAACAAUGAAAGUAUAAGCUUGGCUAUAAUUUAUGUAAUAAACUAUUGAUAUUUA